UUGACCGUGUCGUGUCACCACCUUGCUAAUAAAAAAAAGUUCAUUGAAGGUUUUGUAUUUUAGUUAAAAUGAGGAAUAAGGGUGAAGUUCUAGUGUCAAGUGAGAGUAAAGGACAGAUGUGGAAUACAGGAGUCUGGGAUUCGGAGACUGGAACCCUGCUUACGUCCUACAAGGGCGGUAGUACCUUAAACCGAACCCUAAGUAUGGUUGGGACGGAUUACAUGGUUUCAGCACACCCUGAUAAACCGUUACUUAACGUCUGGCAGAUAAAUCGGAACGAGCAGAUGAGUUUAAGAAUGUUCACGCCGGGGAAAUGUAGCGCGCUGACCUGCUCACCGCGAGGAAGCUAUUUGAUCGCGGCCGUAGAAGAGAAAAUUUCAGUUUGGCAGGUGAGUACCGGAAGAUUGUGGCGUGUGUUAAGCUCGCACUACCAGCCGGUCACCUGCCUACAGUUCACUGAGGACGGUUCAUACUUCGUGUCCGCCGGCGGAGACGGUCAAGUGCUCUGCUGGAGUAUAGCGAUGGUUGUUUCAAGGAGAAAUCUACCAGGCGUUAAAGUUUCUCAGGUUGGUAAACCCGAACCUAAAUGGUCCUGGAGAGAUCAUGCUCUACCCGUCACAGAUAUCCAUAUUACUCCAGGGGGUGUCAACUCCAAGGUUGCAUCAGUAUCCAAGGAUCAAACCUGUAAACUUUUCUGUAUUGUCUCCGGUCAACUUUUACUCUCUAUCUCCUAUCCAGUUCCUCUAGGCUCGGUAACUAUGGAUGCAACAUGUGACAAUAUAUAUACAGGGGGAGAGAAUGGAUCUAUUUAUAUUAUCAGUCUGAACAACCCGCCUAGAUCAGUGUCGAUAUCUAGUGAGAGUCAGGGAAGCACAGUGCUCAAGGGGCACACGGAUACUGUAUCCAACCUUAGUUUGAGUUUAGAUGGAUCUCAUCUCAGCUCUGGAAGCUUGGAUACAAAUGUCCGUAUCUGGCAUGUAAAGAGCGGUCAGUGUGUCAGAGUUCUAGAGCACAAGGGAGCCAUCACCUCCCUCAAGUACAUGAUUCCGCCCCCGGGCAUGCUUAAUACAGAUCAAUGGAGCCCGGGCAGGAAGCUGGUUCCUCUUCAGAAAGGGUUUGACGAGAAGGACUCCUUUGUUUCUAACGUUCUUAGCAAGGAAACGAAACCGUUUGAACGGUUUGAGAAAGAAGAGAUAGAAGUGGAUGGUGAGACUGCUACAGAGAAGAAAGUGGAGAAUACUGAGAGAAUUCAAGAAUUAAUGGAUAUAAACAACCAACUUUACAAAUAUUCGGUUAAACAUAUUCUAAACCAGAAAACAUGAUUAAAUCUGUGAUAGCCAUAAAUUUUUUUACAUUUUUUAAUUGAUUUCAGA